AUGAUAGCUAUAAUAUUUUCCUUCCAGAAAAGCUUACAAAUAUUAAACUUGAUUAAUGAUUUUUUUAUAAAAAAAAUUAUAUGAAGGGGUUUAUUUAAGCUUGCUAUACCAGCAAAGAGUUUUUUUGUUUUCAAAUAUAAUGAUUUUUAUAAGAAAGCUGCUUCCAAAAAAAUAUUUGGGUUGUCUAUUUUAAUAUUUAUCUUCAGUUUUUUAUGAAUUUUAGAUUAA